AUGACUGCAACUCCCAAGAAGACCAUCGUCGUCCUCGGCGCGACCGGCAAUCAGGGCGGCUCCGUCGCACGCACUUUUUCAUCUCUUCCCAACUGGCACGUCCGUUGCGUGACGCGGAACCCGUCUUCCGCCGCUGCCGGGACCUUGUCCAGGCUCGGAGCAGAGAUUGUCCAGGCGGACCUUGCAGACUUGGACUCUCUCGUUCGGGCCUUCUCGUCCGCGAAUGCCAUCUUUGCAAACACUGACCUUUGGGCCACAGUGUCCGACCCGGGCACCGCCGCAAAGGCCGAGGCGGCGGGCAAAUCGAGCAGUGAACUGGCCAUGGAUGUUGAAGUGUCGCACGGCGUCAACAUCGCCCACGCCGCGGCCGGCGUCGCCACCCUCGAGCGCUUCAUCUACUCGGCACUAGGCCCAAUGAAUCAGGCGUCCAAGGGCAAGUACACGCACUCGUACCACUGGGAGGCCAAGGCCAAGAUCGUCGAGUACAUCGAAACGCAGCAGCCAGCCCUGGCUCGGAGCAUGUCGGUCAUCUACUUGGGAGCCUACGUGACCAAUCCGGCGCUGUAUCCUCGCUGGGACGAGCAGGCGCGUCAAUAUGUCCUCGGUCUGCCCAUGACGAAGGAUGCCGAAAUGCCCAUUAUCGAUCCCACAGAGUCGACCGGACCCUUUGUCCGGGCGCUUGUCGAAGAUGAAGACCCCGGGAAGAGGCUGUUAGCAUACGACUCCAACAGCAACCUCCGAAUGGGCGACUUGGCGGAGAUGUGGAAGAGAGUGCUGGCCAGGGACGUGGCGCUCGUCUAUGUCCCUCUUGAAGCCAUGCAGGAGCGGACAGGUUGGCCCAUUGAAGUGCUAGAGGGCCCUGCCUUCAUCAGUGAGUUUGGCUAUAUGCAUGGCGUCGACAAUGUCAUUGUCCCGGCACAGUUGAAGAACAAGGUGGUGACAAAGUCGUUCGAAGAGUGGCUGAAAGAAAGGUCCUGGGGAGAGCUUCUGGAUCAAAGCAAAACCUGA